CCGGUCCUGUCACCACAUCCUCACCCAGCAACAAAGAAAAUGGUCUUCUUCUCCACGCAGCUCCUCCUCCUGCUCCUGCUGCCCAUCUUGGGCUCUCUGCUUCUGCUAGCGAGGAGCGGCAGGAAAGGCAAGCUUGCUCCCGGACCCGUAGGUAUGCCGAUGCUCGGGAACCUGCACCAGCUGGGCCCGCUCCCGCACCGGAACCUGCGGGAUAUCGCUCGGCGGCACGGCCCCGUGAUGCUGCUCCGCCUAGGCGCGACGCGCAUGCUCGUGGUGUCGUCGGCGUCGGCGGCGCGCGAGGUGCUCCAGACGCACGACGCCGACUGCUGCAGCAGGACGGCGGGCCCUGGGCCAAAGCUCCUCUCCUACGGGUUCAAAGACGUGGCGUUCGCACCCUACGGCGAGCAGUGGCGCGAGAUGCGCAAGCUCUUCGUCAAGGAGCUCGUCAGCAUGCGCCGUGUCAAGGCCGCGUGGGGCGCGCGCCAGGCGCAGGUGGAGAAGCUGAUGGCCGGCUUGACCCCCAACACGCCGGUGGCCCUCGGCGAACGCAUCUACGGCCUCGUCAAUGGCAUCAUCUGCACCGUGGCGUUUGGCGACGUCUACGGUGCAGAGAUGUUCCAUCGCGUGCUCGGCGAGGCGUUGGAGCUGCAGGCCAGCUUCUCGGCGGAGGACUUCUUCCCGAACGCGGCCGGCCGCCUGGUCGACCGCCUCACCGGCCUCGCCGCCAGCCGCGAUCGGAGCUUUGCAGCCAUCGACACUUUCUUGGAGGUGGUCAUCGAGCAGCACCUGGAGCCCAAGAGCGAGAGGGAGGGCAGCGACCUCGUCGACGUCCUCAUCAACCUCUCCAAGGAGCAGCCGGCCUUCACCAGGGACAAUGUGAAGGCGAUCCUCAUGGACACGUUCGUGGGAGGCGUGAACACGACCUCGGUGACGAUCAUGUGGGCGAUGUCGGAGCUGAUCCGGAACCCGCGGGUGCUGAAGAAGGUACAGGAGGAGAUCAGGGUGGCGGCGCGAGGCAACAACUGGGUGCAACCGGAAGACAUGCCCAAGCUGAGCUACCUCAGGAUGGUGGUGAAGGAGACGCUGCGGCUGUACCCGCCGGCGACGCUGCUGCUACCGCGGGAGGCGCUGCAGCACGUCAAGAUCGGCGGCUACGACGUGCCGGCGAGGACGAGGGUGGCCGUGAACGUGUGGGCCAUCGGGAGGGAUCCGGCGAGCUGGGGCGAGUGCGCGGAGGAGUUCGACCCGGACAGGUUCGAGGCCGGAGCGAGCCACGGCGAGGUGGACCUGCACGGUGCACACUUCGAGCUGCUCCCGUUCGGCGCCGGCAGGCGGAUCUGCCCGGGCAUCGCCAUGGCGCUGAUGAACGUGGAGUUCACGCUGGCCAACCUGCUGUGCGGCUUCGACUGGGCGCUGCCGGAGGGGACGGAGGUGGAGGACAUAAGCAUGGAGGAGACAGGCGCCGGGCUGACCUUCCACCGCAAGACGCCGCUCGUGCUCGUGCCCACCCUGCCUCAGCGCGCCUAAGUAAGUAAGGGAAUUGAUUGUUCUAACAGCUGCAUGCAAUGCUUGUUCGGCCAAUUCUUUGGUCGUUGUUGGCUAUGUUUACUGCUUUUUAGCUAGGCCGGAUGAUCCACGAGUGAUAAGCAAUCUCGAUCGACUAUUUAUAUAUUUGCAGCUGCCACACUAUGCUAAUCAUGUGAUGUGCCCAUUCUCAGCUCCUUAAUCAAUGAUGUGAUAUAUUAGUAUUA